CACCAUUCUCGAUCUCAACCAAUUGGCGGCAACGAGCGCUGCCAGUAGUGGGGCCGGGAAGGGGGAGCUAGGCGUGGACUCCAAUAAUGUCACCGAGACCGGUGAUAGUGUGGCGCCGAUCGAAACAGAGCCGCAGGUGGCGGCUGAAGUUGCAACCGCGUUGCAAUCCGAAGUAGUGACGGUCACCACCACCAGGAAGGAAAAGAAAAAGAAGCGAAAGACCAAAUUUGUCGCCAGUCUGCCGACCGACAUUGCCAACGAUAAGUCGCUGCUCAAGUACUGGUACAAGCGCUUUUCACUGUUCUCCCUAUUCGAUGUGGGCAUUCGGCUCGAUCGGGAGUCCUGGUUUUCGGUGACACCGGAAAAGGUGGCCGCCCAUACGGCCGAACGCUGCCGGUCGGAUCUGAUCGUCGAUGCGUUCUGUGGGUGCGGUGGUAACACGAUACAGUUCGCCUUCACCUGCCAAAAGGUGCUCGCGAUCGAUAUCGAUCCUCGCAAGAUCGAAAUGGCCAAGCACAAUGCGACCGUGUACGGGGUGGCGGAUCGGAUCGAGUUCAUUACCGGAGACUUUGUGCAGCUGGCUGCCGGUGGUCGGCUGAAGGCGGACACCGUGUUCCUAUCGCCACCGUGGGGUGGACCGAGCUACAUGAAGGAUGAAGUGUACGAUCUGGAGAAGUCUUUACUACCGCUUCCUGCCACCGACCUGAUGCAAGCGGCCCAGCAAGUAAGCCACAACGUGGUGCUCUACCUGCCACGGAACUCCAACACGCAGCAGCUAACGAUGCUUGCCGGACCGAAUGGGGCCGUUGAGAUCGAACAGAACUUUCUCGAUCGCAAGUUGAUCGCACUGACGGCUUACUAUGGGGAUCUGAUCAACGGAUAGAGGUCCGUUACUACUGCUAUCAUCUAUAGAGGCGCAUCAUCGAUGAGUACUGUGGGAAACCGAUGUUAAGAAGACGAAAAUGCCAAUUUCCCAACGCACAAUCCUUUGUCCCCAUCGUUGAAUCUCUGUUUGAGCUAGAGAUUGUGCGCCUACUGCACCAAGGAUCUCUCGUUCUCGAGCCAGAGUGGAUACGAAAGAAUACCGGCUUUUCUGACACCAGCACCACCACCCGUCCAAUCGAUGAAAAUGGCCACCACCAUCGCUGUCCUCGUGCAUUCACUGUCCUGUACUUGUUCUUUCCGUUGGACUAUCGUGGGUCACACGAUUUUAGCGAGCUAAAGGCAUUUUAGGCGUUACGUUGUCUAUGUCUCUCUAGCAAUCCAUUAUCUCUUCAUUAGGACAAUCUUACGGUUAAUUUAGCGCAUGAAUUUAAAGGGAUCGAAACAUAGGGCAGAGGGUUUUAACCGUUUUCUUUGAUUAAUGUAAGGCAUAUUCGUGUUCCACUUUCCCCUGACCCCCACCCCCGCGCGCUCUAAUGCUGGCGAUAGCUUACGAUAAGAUUACGAUGUGAAUGUAUUAUGUGAGUGAAAGUGUAAUAACAACAAGAACAACAGCAAACAAAAGUAAUAAGAUAUCCUAUUGAAUGAAACUGCAAACGAAGUGGACAAACUAUACAGCUAAACAAUAAAAAUGCAUUUUGUUUCAAG